AUGCGGUCUGGCUUAUUGAUGAAACGAUUUUUGCUUUGGCGUGGCAUAAAUCAUGUAGUUGUUAUGCCAGAUGCUAGCAUGGAUGCUACUUUAGAUGGCCUUGUUUCUGCUGGUUUCCGUGCAGCAGGAGAGAGGUCCAUGGCUUUAAACACAGCUAUCUUUGUGGGAGAGUUGACCCUGUAUCUACCAUUUAAUAAUGCUUUGUUAAUUAGUGGAAUCUAUAAUGAAGGGGAAGAUGAAUUGGUGCAGCGUGCCAAAGCACUUAGAGUGAAUGUAGGAACAGAUCCUGAUGCAGACCUAGGUCCAGCAAAAGAUAGGAUAUGUGGACUAGUUCAGAAUGCUGUUGAAAAUGGUGCAAGACUCCUACUUGAUGGGAGGCACAUUGUGGUGCCCGGAUAUGAGAAUGGAAAUUUUGUUGGCCCUACUAUAUUGUGUGAUGUCACAACCAACAUGGAGUGUUACAAGGAAGAAAUUUUUGGACCAGUUCUUCUUGGCAUGCAGGUUUCCAUUGCUCUCUACAUAUAUUUGCUAUUAACUUCUUCUGCAUUAUAUGGAAAUGGAGCUUCUGUCUUCACCAACUCUGUUAUGGUUGCUAGGAAGUUCCAACAUGAGGUUGAUGCUGUACUGGUUGGGAUCAACGUGCCUGUACCUAUUCCGUUACCAUUUUCCUCUAAUGAGUCAAAAGCAUCUUUUGCCGGCAAUUUCAAUUUUUGUGUUGCAGGAAGAACAGGACUACAAUUUUAUACCCAAAUAAAAAAAGUGGCAAAAAGAUGGAAGGAAUUCCCAAGUCUAGGAACAUUACCUGCUGCAUGUCCAUCUGAGAGAGAUUCAUCUAUGCAAUUGGCACCUCAAUCAUUGCCCUUAGAGUUACAGAGUAAUUCACCAACCUAUGAAGUGCAACUAGCUAUUGCUGAUGCAGAUAUACAGAACACAGCUAUCUCAUCUGCGACAGCACCAGCUGAUAAGGAUAUCAGAAGCCAACAUGUUUCCCUGGUAUUAUCGCCCUCGUCACAGGCAUCAGAGAGGAUUGGUGUUUCUAAACCAUCUCAGUGGAAUGAGAAUUCGCCUGUAACAUCUCAGAGAAGUGAGACUAUUCCCCAAACUUCCGAGCAGAGUCAUGUCACUUCAUCUCAGAUGAAUGUAAACUUAUAUACAGCAUCCCAAGGGGCUGACAUUGCUACUGCCCCAGCUCUGAAAUCAGAUGGAAUAUACAUGUCUAUGACCCAUGAAGUUGAUGACUUAGCUCAAAUAUCACCUAGGAUAGAUGCUGAUGUGAGUAAAAGCAUUGGUGAAACAUUUGAAAGAAGUGACACCAUGUUAACUUCUGAGAGAAUAUACAUGCCUGCAACAACAUCUCACACGACUGAUAUAGGCUUAAGUCCAACUUCAGAGAAGGUAUAUUUGCCUUCUUCUUCAGCAUCUCAUAGACAUGAAAGAAUGGAUCAAGCUUCUGAGAGGGCCUUAAUGCCCCCAAUGGUACAGAAUAUGGGAAGAAGUUCAGAGAGGCUACAUGUUCCUACAAAUUCUUCCCAAAGGAUGUAUAAUCAAAACCCAAUAAUUUCAAUGGAUGAAUUUCCCAGCAAAAGGAUAUAA